AUGUCUCGAGAAUUCACUAUAAAGGUUCCAGCAUCGUCUGCGAACAUAGGGCCAGGCUUUGAUGUUUUAGGUAUUGCUUUAAACUUGUAUCUGUCGAUCAACGUCAAGAUUGACGCUCAUCAGUAUGGAGAGCUUUCUCUUCAAGAUCCUAACAACUGUAUUUUAAGUUACGAGGGAGAGGGAGCAGAUGUGGUUCCCUUGCAGUCAGAUAAGAAUUUGCUUACUCAGAUGGCUUUGUAUGUGUUACGUUGCCACGGCAUUAACCAUUUUCCACUAGGCACCAAGAUUUCAGUGCACAACCAGGUUCCAUUUGGUAGAGGGCUUGGUUCUUCUGGCACUGCCGUUGUUGGUGGAGCCUUAUUAGGAAAUGCCAUUGGAGAAUUGGGCUUAUCUAAGCAGAGAUGCCUAGAUUACUGUCUUAUGGUAGAGAGACACCCAGAUAACAUAAGUGCAACAAUGAUGGGAGGCUUUGUGGGUUCGUUUUUGAGACAGUUGAGCGACAAAGGAUAUCAGUUAGUUCACCAGCCCUUGAAGAAUGUGUUGGAAAAUUUCUCUGCUGACUCUACCAUAGAUGCUCCGCUUAACCUCGGUACGCACGUGACAUAUAAUUGGUGCCAGAAGAUCAAAUGCGUAGCUAUUAUACCUCAGUUUGAAGUCAGCACUUCCAAAUCACGGUCUGUUCUUCCUGAAAGUUACAAGAGGGCUGAUGUUGUGUUUAAUUUGCAAAGAUUGGCUGUGUUGACGUCUGCUGUUGGCUCGGACAUUCCGGACCCUGCCCUAAUUUACCCUGCUAUGCAAGACAGGCUUCAUCAACCUUAUAGGAAGGCGUUGAUCCCAGGCCUUUCCUCAGUUGUGUCAGAAUUCACUCCACAGACUCAUACGGGACUCUUGGGUAUCUGCUUGAGCGGUGCAGGACCAACCAUUCUUUGCUUGGCCACGGAAAACUUUGAAAGGAUAGCCCGGGAUAUUGUAGCCAGAUUUAAGCAAGAAAAAGUCGAAUGCAAGUGGCUAUUACUAGAGCCAGCUUACGAUGGAGCUACAGUGGAAGAGGUCAGUAAAUUAUGA